UAAGCUAGCACAGUCAAGAGUUUAUUUUGUCACAGCAUCCAUGAAGUUCCCUCCCCCAAAACCGUCUGAAAAUCUAGAUACAUUCUCAACAGAAGAAAACAAUGAGCAUUUAAAACCAACUUCCAAAGGCAGUGGGAGCACCUUAUUAACAUCGAAAAAGAAAAGCUUCCAGAGACGUUUCCUUCUAGAAAGAUCUUAACAGUCUAGUGAGAAGACAACAAGCAGUAUGGUGUAAUGGAACCAGCCUGCUCCGGAGUAUCCAUAUAACGUCGUCGUGAGAAAACAUCGCUAAAAUAUUCAGCUUUGCCUCAAAGUGUGCAACUCUAAUCAAAGCCUCCUGAGCACAUAACGCAGCUCUUCUGACAGAAAGGCGCUACCACUACGCUCUCUCAACAGCAGGGCCUCAAACAAUGGCCCUACCUAAUCUUCUAACAAAGGAAAAGGUGACGGCACUCAACGCCCUUCGUCUCCAGCCCUCUCCCGAAACACACCGAGAGCUGAACUCUCCCCACACGGCCGCCGAGCGGUGCGGUGCGGGCCGGACCAGGCCAGGUCAGCGGGGCGGGUGGGGCUUUCCCCGCCCCUUCCCUCGGGGUCUACUUAAGGAGAAGAGCGGCCGUCGAAAAGAGCUGCCUCUUUCACACCCCUCCCUUUCCCCCUAAGGAAGAAGAAAAAAAAAAAAAAAAAAGCGGGGUUCUUCAGUGUCUGUUUUCCCAACGCUCCUAUUGUUUUAAAGGCCUCGUUUGUUUUUAAGUGUGUAGGCGCUGUCACAGCUCCGGGGAACGAUGUCUGCAAAUGCGGAAGCCCAGUGUGGAAGUGUGUCAGAGGAUAAUACCCAUCUGUCAACAACCUGCCAAGGAUAUGUUUUACCAGAAGGGAAAAUCAUGCCAAAUACAGUCUUUGUUGGUGGAAUUGAUAUAAGGAUGAAUGAAGCAGAAAUUCGGAGUUACUUUGAACAAUAUGGUACUGUGAAGGAAGUGAAAAUUAUCACCGACAGAACUGGUGUUUCUAAAGGGUAUGGAUUUGUUUCAUUCCUGGACAAUGUGGAUGUUCAAAAAAUAGUAGAAUCACAGAUCAGUGUCCAUGGUAAAAGGCUGAAACUGGGACCAGCAAUUAGAAAACAACAAAACUUGUGUUCUUAUGUGCAGCCUAGACCAUUAGCUUUCAAUCCCCCUGCACCACAAUUCCAUAGUGUAUGGAGUAAUCAAAACACAGAGACCUACGUGCAGCCUCAAGCUGUGGUGAGCCCACUAACUCAGUAUGUACAGACGUAUGCAUACAGUUCACCAGCGUUAUUGAUACAGCAGCAAGUUCCUGUAGGAUAUCAGCCAGCAUACAACUAUCAGGCUCCACCACAAUGGAUUCCUGGGGAGCAAAGAAACUAUGUUAUGCCUCCGGUUUAUACUUCAGUAAACUAUCACUACAGUGAGGAUCCAGAGUUUAUACAGACAGAAUGUGCUGCUCCAGAGCCCACACAGUCGUCUGGUAAUAGUCCACAAAAAAAGUCUGUGGAUAGGAGCAUACAAACAGUAGUAUCUUGUCUGUUUAAUCCUGAAAACCGCCUGAAGAACACCUUUGUAUCACAAGAAGACUACUUCAGGGAGAGGAGGGCGCAUCACUUCAGAAAAGGAAGAGCAGUGCUCAAAAGUGUUUGAUCAACAAAGACUUUGAAGUACAUAAAUGUAUUACUUUGAUGUUCUUACAGUUCAGUUUAGUAAGAUGUGUAGUAAAAAGUGUAACCUUUUUUCAGAAAGUUGCUUCGAGUUGAAGUUUGUGUUCCUGUUUUACCUGUUCCAAAAUAGCUAUUUUUGCUUGAGAAGUUUGAAGUUGUAAAGAGUUGAAAUACUUCCAGGUUUUAUUACUAGCUUGCAUGCUUUUCCCACUAACUAACUGAAAUGCUAAUCUUAAAGAACUUAUAUGGGGAAGGGGAAAAGAAAAACACUCUUGGUUUGUUUGGUACAUGUGGAUUUUCUUCUGAGCUUUAAGGUACAGUUUGUUGCAUGUUAAAAUUUAAUUCUUAUUAAACCACAAUUUUAAGUUACUAAUGUCAACCAGUUACCUCUUGCAGUUCAAAAGUUGAAGCAGUUCCUUGUCCAAGAUGGAGUAUUUUAAAACUGAGCUCUUAAUCAGUGGAACAGAAGACGUCAAGGUGUAACUCAACUGAAGCCCUUUUAAGUCCUGGUUCUCUUUAGACUACAUAAUCAAUGUCUUUGUUUGCUAAUGACAAUUUAUCUGCGUGAAUCCUAGAAUUCCUGUAUGUAACUUAAGAUGCAAGAAUGUAAUUAGUUACAUUGGCUGCUCAGUGGAGUAUGAUUUUUUUUUACUGGAUUAAUUUUAGCAAUACCUGUAUCUUAAAAUUGUGAGAAAAUACUGCAUUUAAAAUAUGCCUAACUUUGUGAUGCAAAGUGUUAAUCAAAGAAUACAUGUAAGCAUAUUUUAAUAAUAAUUAUGUAGAUUUUAGUCAUGUAUUUUGAAACAAUAAAUUUUUUUA